AUGUCUCAAUCACUUCUUUCACAACUUGGGAAGCAACUGCAGCCAUCAAAAUAUAACAAAAGACAGUCAAGUCAAGCUGCACUGAGUACGACAAUUCUUUUGCAGAAUGGCUUCGUCAUACAGCAUGAUGAGCAUGAUUCUAUUCAAGUCGUUGAGAAUACCGACAUCCUGAUAAUGGACGGUAUUAUCAAGGAAAUAGGCAAAUCUAUCAAGCCUCCACCUCAUACUGAAGUUGUCGACUGCUCCAACAAGAUAAUUAGUCCGGGUUUCAUCAACACACAUCACCACCUCUGGCAGACACAGCUCAAGGGUUAUGGUACAGACAACUGCUGGUUGGACUACUUUUCAGAUGACCUCCUUCAGUCUUUCAAUUAUACCCCUCAAGAUAUCUACUGGGGCCAAUUGGCUGGUUGUCUUGAAGCCAUCGACGCCGGAACAACAUACGUCCUUGACCACUGCCAUGGAUGCAAAUCUCCCGAACACGACUCUGGUAUCAGAGGAGUAUUCGCUUACGGGGAAACGUUUUUGAAUCUCCAGAAAUGGGACGACAAAUCAUGUGUCCCGAAUCCCAUGUCUGUAUCCGAACCAUUCAUUGAGCAUGUCGAAGAUUUAGCCCAAAGAGGCCCUUUUGGGAAUGGUUGUGUCGACGUUGGCGUUUCAUUCGAUGGAUAUCAUAUGCCACAACAAGAAGUGGAAAAGUUAUUCCAUCGAGCGGUCAAAGCCGGUGUCAAGCUUAUUACAUCACACAGCGGCAAUUUCGGAUCCUCUGUACCAAAAGCUCUUGAGAAGUACUCUCUGUUCCCUGGCCCAGAAGACGACUACACUAUUCUCAUCUCUCACGGUAACUACAUGGACGACGAAGACUUCGAUAUCCUCAAGAAACACCAUGUCCCGCUAGCAUGCACACCAGCCACAGAAGCUCAAGGCUCAAUGGGCUGGCACCUCCUAUUCGAACCAGGCCUCAUCACCGCCUUGGGCGCAGACUGCCAUUGUCUCACUUCCUCGUCACUCAUGCAAGCAGCUCGGACCGCUCUUCUAUUCUCCCGCUUACAAAAGACACUUGAGUACAAAGAAAAAGGCCAAAGGCUUGAUAAAUUCGAUCAAACGAGUCAUGAUGUCUUUAACAAAGCGACCAUUGAAGCUGCGAGGGCUGUUGGCAUGGGAAAUGAAAUAGGGUCUAUUGCCGUUGGUAAAAGGGCGGAUAUUGUGAUAUUCUCCCGGGAUCAAUCGUUAGCAUUCGGUGCGUCGGCGAGAGAGGAACCAAUCGCUGCGAUCGUCACGUACAGUGAGGCCCGCGAUAUCGAGGCUGUUUUGGUAAACGGCUGUUUUAGGAAACGUGACGGCAGGAUGGUUCCCGUUUCGAAGGAUGGAAAAGACGUUGGAAUUGAUCGUGUCUUGACAGAGCUUGAUCAGAGUCAGAGGGAUAUUAGGAAGAAGCGAGAGUCAUGCAACACGGCCAUAUCAAAGGGCUUAGUUUGUAGCAUCGUUAAUCCUGGUCAGACAUAG